CUCAAGCCACACUGCAAACCAUCAGCAAGCUAGUAACGAGUUGCAGAGCUCUCUCUCUCUCUCUCUCCAGUCCAUUAUUUUGUUUGCUCUUUCUCCAAAACUUUACAUCAUCUCUAUCUGUCCAUAUAUAUAUCAUCACCAUGUUGAACGCAGUCCAAGGUGUCGUUUCGAAAGUGGAGAGUGCCGUUUCUCAUGUGCACCAUCACAUUGAGGUCGAGGCCACAAACAUCUUCACCAUGUCUGAUGAGAAAAUCAUUGACCUUGUCUAUGGCACUCAUGUCCAUGCUGCUGAAAAAUCUUUUGACGAAGACUCUCUUUUCGUCGUCGUCGAAAACGUUCUUAUGCGUUCCUCCCAAAUUAUUGACAAAAUUGUGCAGGGAGUUCACGUUCAUGUGGACAACAUUGAGGAGAAGCACAGCAAAGGUAACCUGAGUGUUCCCCUGUGCACGCUCAAGGCCAUCAACAACGAGCUUUCAUGCAAAGCCCCGAACGAGGAAACUGCACACAAAACAACACUAGCGAUUCUUAACAAACUGUCAAACUAUACGUGGGAAGCAAAGGCCGUUUUGGCACUUGCGGCUUUCGCAUUUGAAUUUGGGGACUUCUGGCUCAUCGCCCAUCAUUACCAUUCGGACCCACUAUCCAAACAAUUGGGGCUCCUCAAAAGAGUGCCUGGACUAAUCAAGACUUCUGAGCUCCAGAAACACCGGCAAACAAUUCUUGAGCUCAGCAGCCUCAUUAAGCUCACCAUGCGAGUCAUCGCAAUCUUCGAUGAGUUUGAGAAGCUCUCUAUUAGUUAUGACCUCAAAUACAUUCCCGGAUUGUCCAUUGCCUUGGACCAUAUGCCACUCUAUGUCUAUUGGGCUAUUCUAACUAUUGCAGCAUGUGCUACCAAACUCGGCAUUCUCAUAAGUUCUGAGCCGGACAGAGCAUAUGAUUUGUCUCCCUAUUCACAAAAAAUCAGCUUCAUCUUCAACCAGCUCACUAUGCAGCUGAAUGUUUGCAGAAGACAACUUGCCGAGGCUGAGGCUUACAGGAGGCUUUGUAAGCUUAUCCUUACUCCAACUGAAAUCAUGGAGAUUUUCAAGGCUUUGGUGUUUUACAAAUUUGAUGUUGUGAAGCCACUCAUUGAUGGUUCUACAAACAGAACGGUGAACAUUGAUGUGCUGAGGAGGAAGAAUGUAUUCAUGUUCUUUGCUGGCCUAGACAUAACAGAAGAAGAUAUUUCCAUUCUCAAACCAGUUUACGACUUAGUAUCAAAGAAAGAAAAAAGCUACACAAUUGUAUGGAUUCCCAUUGUGGAGCAGUGGACCGAUGAGCUAAAGAAGAAGUAUGAGAUUUUGAGGACCAAGAUGCCAUGGUACAGUUUGCAGCUAUUUUCUCCGCUCGCAGGAAUUAGAUUCAUCAAGGAACAUUGGCAAUACAAGGGCAAGCCUAUGUUGGUGGUGACUACCCCUCAAGGGAAGGUGGAGAAUCUCAAUGCACUUCAUCUUAUUCGUGUGUGGGGUCUCAAGGCCUUUCCUUUUGAUAGGAAAGCUGAGGAAAUCAUCUCCAAGGAAAGACAUUGGAUUGGUUCUGUUGUUAACAACGUCCACCCAACUAUAGAGACUUGGGUGAAAGAGGAGAAGUACAUCUUCUUCUAUGGAGGAAAAGACAAUGAUUUUAUCCAAACAUUCACCAAGAAUGUAACUGCUCUUCAGAGUGAUCCCUUCAUCAAGGGUGCGAAAAUCAACAUCGAGCUGUUCUGCGUGGGAAAGACAGCCAAAGGAGGAGAAGACCAUGGCAUUCUAAGUCGGUUCUGGACUGGAAUAGAGAGUUUGUUCUUCACUAAGGAUCACAAGGAAGUUGACCCGGUGACUCAAGAGAUCCAAAAGCUUCUUUCUUACAAGAACGAGAGUGGUUGGGCUGUUCUUAGCAAAGGGUCUGCGGUUGUGACAACCGGCCAUGGCUCAGCAAUUCUGAAGGUAAUUGAGGACUUUGAACAGUGGAAGGAAGUCAUUAAGGUGAAGGGCUUCGAGGUUGCUUUCAAAGAGUUUCACACUAAGGUCACUCACACUAUUCGCCAUUGCUGCCGCCUUGAUGUCCCUACCCUUGGCGGAAAGGCCCCAGAUAGAAUGAAAUGCCCAGAAUGCACUCGCACCAUGGAGACUUACAUUAGUUAUAAGUGUUGCCACAUUGAUGGUCCACUCAGUGCUCAUCACUAAUAAUUGAAUUCGUGUGGCUGUCUCCCUUUCUAAGUACGCUUAGCACUGUUCGACUACUACUUUUAGUGAAAAUGCUUUAUGUCUAGUUUUACUCAAAUAAAUUGGCUCUUACAUGUCACCAUGUUAAGUGUCGUUUGUGUCUUAUUUGCUGGGAUUAUUAUGAAGUAGUGCUUUUGUUUCGUUUAUUAAUGCAUGUAAUGUAAUAAGGAUAUCUAUGUGACUUGGUUCACAUAUAUAUAAUGGACUCAAUAUGGUUUUAAUGUGUU